AUGUCCGCGGCAAACAGCAUCAAGGUUGUCGCGCGCUUCCGUCCCCAGAAUCGAAUCGAACUCGAUUCUGGGGGCAAGCCCAUCGUCACCUUUCAGAGCGAUGACACAUGCUCGCUCGAUUCCAAAGAAGCACAGGGUUCCUUCACCUUCGACCGAGUCUUCGACAUGGACUGCAAGCAACAAGACAUUUUCGACUUUUCGAUCCGGCCGACUGUCGAUGAUAUCCUCAACGGCUACAAUGGAACCGUCUUCGCCUACGGCCAGACCGGUGCCGGUAAAUCAUACACCAUGAUGGGUACAAGCAUCGACGACGAAUCUGGGCGCGGUGUCAUUCCCCGCAUCGUCGAGCAGAUAUUCGCCAGCAUCAUGUCCAGCCCCAGCACAAUCGAGUACACGGUCCGUGUAAGCUACAUGGAAAUCUACAUGGAAAGAAUUAGAGAUCUUUUGGCGCCGCAAAAUGACAAUCUCCCCGUCCACGAGGAGAAGAACCGCGGCGUCUACGUCAAGGGUCUGCUGGAAAUCUACGUCUCCAGUGUCCAGGAAGUUUACGAGGUCAUGAGACGAGGUGGAAACGCCCGUGCCGUCGCCGCUACAAAUAUGAACCAAGAAUCAUCACGAUCGCAUUCGAUUUUUGUCAUUACCAUCACGCAAAAGAAUGUCGAAACCGGCUCGGCGAAGAGCGGUCAGCUGUUCUUGGUCGAUUUGGCGGGCAGCGAAAAGGUGGGGAAGACUGGCGCCAGCGGCCAGACCCUGGAGGAGGCCAAAAAGAUCAACAAGAGCUUGAGUGCUCUCGGCAUGGUCAUUAAUGCUCUCACUGACGGAAAAUCCUCUCACAUUCCCUACCGUGACUCAAAAUUGACCCGAAUCCUGCAAGAGUCUCUUGGUGGCAACAGUCGCACCACCCUCAUCAUCAACUGCUCCCCUAGCAGCUACAACGACGCCGAGACUCUGGGAACCCUGCGAUUUGGUACUAGGGCCAAGAGCAUCAAGAACAAGGCCAAGGUCAAUGCCGAACUCAGCCCUUCGGAGCUCAAAGCUCUUCUCAAAAAGGCCCAGGGUCAAGUCACCAAUUUUGAGUCGUAUAUUUCCAGUCUUGAGAGUGAAAUUAAUCAAUGGCGCUCCGGAGAGGCGGUUCCCAAGGAUCGAUGGGCCGUCCCCAUCACCGACGCCAUCGCCAAGAAGCCCGCCGAGACGAAACAGCUACAGCGCCCCUCGACACCGUCACGUUUGUCUGCCGAGAACCGAUCCGAGACGCCAAUUCCUUCGGAGCGUGCCAGCACCCCUGUCAUCGCUUUAGAAAAGGAUGAGCGCGAAGAGUUCCUCCGACGCGAGAAUGAGCUCCAGGACCAGCUUGCCGAGCGAGAGUCUCAAGCUACCACGGCUGAGAAGCUCAUGCGCGAGACCAAGGAGGAACUGAUUUUCCUCAAGGAGCACGACAGCAAGACUGGCAAAGAAAACGAGCGCCUUACCACCGAAGUCAAUGAGUGCAAGAUGCAGCUCGAGCGUCUAAAUUUUGAGAGCAAGGAAGCGCAGAUCACCAUGGAUGCGCUCAAGGAGGCCAACUCGGAGCUUACCGCUGAGCUUGAUGAGGUUAAGCAGCAGCUUCUCGAUGUCAAGAUGAGUGCCAAGGAGAAUGGCGUUGCUUUUGAUGAGAAGGAGAAGAGAAAGGCUGAGAAGAUGGCCAAGAUGAUGGCCGGCUUUGAUCUGGGCGGCGAAGUGUUCAGCGAGAACGAAAAGCAAAUUGCCCAAGCCAUCAAGCAUAUCGAGACUCUCCAUGAACACAGCAAGAUUGGCGACACUAUUGCUCCUGAGGAGUUUGAGGCGCUCAAGACCAAGAUGAUUGAGACGCAAGGCAUCGUACGACAGGCGGAGCUGUCGAUGUACAGCGUACCCGCCAGCGACAUGGAUUCGCGCCGCCGCCACGAGCUGGAGGUACGACUUGAGGGUCUUCAACAAGAGUACGAGGAUGUGCUGGCCAAGAACCUGGGCGAGGCCGACAUUGAGGAAGUCAAGGCUCGCCUCGAGAGCGCUCUGGCUGGCCGGCAUAAUGCUCAGAUCCAGCUGGUAGACGACCUCAAGGCCGAGGCAUCGCAAAAAGCUGCCGAAAACUCACGGAUGAAGACGCUGAUUGAGGACCUCCAGCAGCGCGUCAAGUCUGGUAGUGCCGCGCCCAUGGCCAACGGCAAGACGGUUCAACAGCAGAUCGCCGAGUUUGACGUUAUGAAGAAGAGCUUGAUGAGAGAUUUGCAGAACCGCUGUGAGCGUGUUGUGGAACUCGAGAUUUCUCUCGAUGAGACUCGCGAGCAGUAUAACAAUGUUCUGCGAUCAUCAAACAACCGCGCCCAGCAGAAGAAGAUGGCGUUUUUGGAGCGAAACCUGGAGCAGCUGACGCAAGUUCAGCGCCAGCUUGUCGAGCAAAAUUCUGCGCUGAAGAAGGAGGUGGCCAUUGCAGAGCGCAAGUUGAUUGCACGCAACGAGCGCAUUCAGAGCCUUGAAGGUUUGCUGCAAGACAGCCAAGAAAAGAUGGCUGCCGCCAAUCACAAGUUCGAGGUACAACUCAACUCGGUCAAGGAGCGCCUCGAGGCCGCCAAGGCCGGCAGCACCCGUGGCCUCAGUUCGAGCGGUGGCGGCUUCAGCUUCGCUAACGCUGGUAGCCGCAUCGCCAAACCCCUUCGCGGUGGCGGUGGAGACGGCCCUGUCGUGCCUACGAUCCAAAACAUUCAGCAAACGGACGGCGCCGUCAGCAACAAGCGCGGAAGCUGGUUCUUCAGCAAGUCAUAA